AUGGCGCUGCACAUAACGCGGAAGGCGCGUGGGUGCUGGAGCUUCAUCCGGGCACUUCAUAAAGCGACUGCUCCGGCUCCUGCUCCCGAGAAAGAUGGCAUGGAGCGGAUAUUUUCUGGAAUUCAGCCCACAGGAAUCCCCCACCUCGGCAAUUACCUGGGAGCCAUUGAGAGCUGGGUGAAACUACAGGAUGAGUACGGUUCUGUGCUGUACAGCAUUGUGGAUCUCCACUCCAUCACUGCUCCACAAGACCCAGCUGCCCUGCGGCAGAGCAUCCUUGACAUGACUGCUGCUCUUCUGGCCUGUGGCAUCAGCCCGGAAAAGAGCACCCUUUUUCAGCAGUCUCAGGUUUCUGAACACACACAAUUAAGUUGGAUCCUCACCUGCAUGGUUAGACUACCCCGAUUGCAGCAUUUACACCAGUGGAAGGCAAAGACCACCACGCAGAAACAUGAUGGAACUGUGGGCCUGCUGACCUACCCUGUACUGCAGGCGGCGGACAUUCUGCUCUACAAGUCCACACACGUUCCUGUCGGGGAGGAUCAAGUCCAGCACAUGGAACUAGUUCAAGAUCUAGCACAAGGUUUUAACAAGAAGUAUGGGGAGUUCUUCCCUGUGCCCAAGUCCAUUCUAACUGACAUCAUUUUAAAGAAGUAUUACAUGUGCCAGGUGUCAGUGUCAGAACAUAAGAGCGCUGGCUUAGACACCGCUCGCUACAAGCUGGCCGUGGCGGAGGCUGUGAUUGAGAAGUUCGCCCCAAUUAAGGGUGAAAUCGAAAAGCUGAAGAUGGACAAGGGCCACUUAGAGAAGGUUUUGCAAAUUGGGUCAGCAAAAGCCAAAGAAUUGGCGUGCCCUGUGUACCAGGAGGUGAAGAAAUUGGUUGGCUUUUUAUAGGAACUGGCAACAAAAGGUUUUUGUAUCGAUCGUGGGGGCCCUAUACUCCAAUUGCACCCACUGCUCUCAAAAGCAAAAUAUUGUAGUUGGGACAUUUAAUGUGAUACACCUGAUUAUUGGGUUGGUUUGGUGAACAAUUCUGUAUGGCCUUCAGAUACAGCAAAGCUCAAUGCAUAGUGGUGGUGGUGUGGGGGCAGGGAGACAGGGAUUUCAUGAGAAUAAUUUGAGGGGGGGUGGUUGGUGAGCAGUGGGUUGGCAGGUGCUGAUCGUCACUUGAUUUCUCUCUGGAGCCCUUACCUUCACAGGUGCUCACUUUGUCCCACCACCACUGAAAAAACAAUAAUUAUAGGGAGAGGUCUUAGACCAGUAAGCCUUGGCUUACCAUUUUGAACCAUGUGCAUUCAGAUAUCAAGAAAAUACGCUGUAUAAAUCAUUUUUCUUUGAGAUGGUGGUGCCUACCUCAUUGUGUGUAAGCUGUUUCACUUGUUUUCCAUGAUCCCUGGAUAUGGGUUAUAUUUUUUACUUAUAAUUUUAAAUUAUAAAAUUAGCCAGAAAUACGUGGUAAGAAUUUCUGUGAAGAUUGCAUUAUCUCAGCUUGAUUUGUUAAUUAUGCAAAAGGCCAGCCUGCUGGAUUAGGUUCUCCACAAUUAAUCCUUUACAUUUGUUUUAGUUUAGUCUCACCGGCCCCCUGUGAAAACACAUAGGUGAGGAAUUACUGUGAAGAGAAAAGAGAGGCUCAGAGAAGAGGGCACAGCAAGCUUGUACAGUGCCUCCCGAUAAGAAAAGCCAAGACAGAAACCUUUACUCCUUAUACCUGUGACCCAAACUCAAACUCACCGCCAUCAGGUUGAUCCCGAAUCAUUGUGACGCUAAAAGGUAGCACUGCCCCUGUGAGUUUCUGAGACUAACUCCACAGGAGUAGAAGCAUUCUCUUGCCUCCUGAGGAGCGGCUGGCUUCAAACUGGUGGCCUUGCCAUCAACAGUCCAACGUGUAGCCUCAGUGUCAGUAGGGCUCCUGCUUUCUUCACCAGAUUGCAGGUGAGAGAUGCCAAACUUUCAGGCUUUCAGGCUGGGUACCAGAAAUACAAGACCUUAACUACUGAUAAAGGGUUUAUAUUUGCAACUUGGCCACUUGAUGCCUGCUUUACAUCUGGAUUCAGUUGGCCUUGGUUUGGUUGUCAACAUCCCCAAGACUCUGUUUUGUGGCGAUACCACAAAGCCUAUUCUGCCAGGCAGCAAUGCUGGUGAGGCUUGACAGAUGAGCUCUUCUCAGGCGAGAGUGGAAUUCUCAUCUCACACUCCAUCUCUAACGCCUCUAAGUCACCGUAAGAGUGACUUCUCUGUACUCCCAUUUCUACCCCUGAAAGGGAACAUUGUAGUCCUGUCCCCAGGACCUAUUAGUGAGAUUAAUUUUGUAAGAGAAAUUGCUUGUACCGUUUUUGGUUUUUGCCAGUGAGUACUAUGACCACCCUUUAUAUACAAGAGGGGCAAUCGUUUGUAUGUCUUUCUCAAGAGAAAUAAAUAGAAGAGUGGUUCUUCUAUCACAGCAGUUUUCAACCUGUGGGGCUCGACCCCUUUGGGGGUGGAGCGACCCUUUCACAGGGGCUGCCAGAUU